GGCAAAGUUUUCCGGACUUAAAGAGGAGCAGAGGACCGGGAUCUCGGCAGAGCUUCCCCCGGGACGCAGGAGGAGCUCUGGAUCCUCCCCUUGGCACUUCCCCAGCUCCUUCCCACCCUUCCCUCUUGGACACCCGAGGCUCUGCAGGCAGCUGGAGCUCCUCGACCCCCCCAGGAGUAUGGCCAAAUGUGGAGGAUGUGGUCCAGGAUAUGCAACUCCUCUGGAUGCCAUGAAAGGUCCCCGGGAGGAGAUUGUGUACCUGCCUUGUGUCUACAGGAACACAGGGAUUGAGAAGCCUGACUACCUGGCCACUGUGGAUGUUGACCCCAAGUCUCCACACUAUUGCCAGGUGAUCCAUCGCCUGCCCAUGCCAAACCUGAGGGAUGAGCUCCAUCAUUCUGGGUGGAAUGCCUGCAGCAGCUGCUUUGGGGAUGCCACAAAGAAAAGGAAUCAUCUGAUUCUACCCAGUCUGAUCUCUUCUCGAGUUUAUGUGGUGGAUGUGGGGACAGACCUGAGAGCUCCUAGGAUCCAUAAGAUUGUGGAGCCAGUGGAGUUAUUCUGGAAGGGCAACGUGGCUAAUCCUCACACCUCUCACUGUCUGGGCAGUGGUGACAUCUUAAUCAGCUGCUUGGGAGACCCUUCUGGCAAUGGAAAAGGUGGCUUUGUGUUGCUGGAUGGAGAGACCUUUGAAGUGAAAGGAAAUUGGGAGAAGGGGGGAAAGGUUCCCAGCCUGGGUUACGACUUCUGGUACCAGCCACGACACAAUGUCCUGCUGAGCACAGAAUGGGGAGUCCCCAAAAUCCUGGCAGAUGGGUUUAACCCAGCUGAUGUAGAGAAAGGGCAUUACGGCCGCUGCAUUAAUGUGUGGGACUGGAGCACCCACACCCACAUUCAGUCAAUUGACUUAGGGAAGGGCUCCAUCCCUCUGGAAAUUCGAUUCCUUCACAACCCAGAUGCUGCAGAAGGGUUUGUUGGCUGUGCUCUGAGUGGGGGAGUGCACCGGUUCUACAAGACUGAGAAAGGGGACUGGGCAGCAGAGAAGGUGAUACAAGUACCCAGCAAGAAGGUGCAAGGAUGGCUUCUCCCUGACAUGCCUGGUCUCAUUACUGAUAUCCUCAUCUCCCUGGAUGACAGGUUCCUGUACUUCAGCAACUGGCUGCACGGAGACAUCCGCCAGUAUGACAUCUCCAACACCUGCAAGGCCAAGCUGGUGGGACAGGUGUUUCUGGGAGGCAGCAUCACCAGAGGUGGGCCUGUCACUGUAGUGGAGGACAAAGAAUUGAAGUCUCAGCCAGAGCCAUUUGUGAUCAAAGGGAAGAGGGUGCAAGGGGGACCUCAGAUGCUUCAGCUGAGCUUGGAUGGGAAGAGGUUGUAUGUCACCACCUCCCUCUACAGUGGCUGGGACAAGCAGUUCUACCCAGACCUUGUCAAGGAAGGCUCUGUUAUGCUGCAGAUCGAUGUGGAUACUGAAAGAGGUGGAUUGGAAGUGAAUAAAAACUUCCUAGUGGAUUUUGGGAAGGAGCCUGAUGGACCUGUCCUAGCUCAUGAGAUUCGUUACCCUGGUGGAGACAGUACUUCUGAUAUCUGGAUGUGAUUGUUGCCUGGAGAGGGUUUUGGGUUGGUUUUCCUUUUUUUUUUUUUUUUCCUCUUUUUCCUCCUCCCUCUUUUCUGCCUCUCUGGAUCUGUUGCUUUCCCUCCUGUGUCCAUUGCGGGGCUCUGCUGCUUCCUGCUCAGCUUCAGCCUUGCCAGCUGCAGGGAUGACAUCAGCAAUGUCAGAUUUUAUCAUCAAGCUUCCAUUCUCUGCUUACUCCUCUGCCCAAGAUAUUUGCAGCCAGGCUUUGAGAGCUCAGGUCUGUGUUUGUGGGCUGCUGCCUCGGGGUCUCUCUGAACUACACAAGUAGCUCUGUCAGGAUCUUGUCAUUCCAGGUGCUUUCUAACCAGCCUCAGCCCGACUAAGAUCUUUGGUGUUAAAUGAAGUAGAAGAUCCUGUGGAUGACCACAGGAGGGCACAGUGGAAUUUGCCUCCUUCACAAGUGACCACUUCCUGGGCUCCCUCAUUCUCUGCUAUCUGGGGUUGCAGAUUCAGUUAUGUUUUUGCUGCCAGCACAUAUCCAAGAUGUGUCUCUACCAGAAGGAAAGUCUAUGUGUAGUAUUUUCAGGAAGUGCAGGAACACAACAAGAUGUUUUAUAUCUCAGUUAUUAAUGGGAAAGUUAAAGAAUGGAGAAAAGUUUGUCCUUAAGUAAAGCCAAAGCAGUUGUGAUGAGAGUUACCAUUAAUAAAAAACCCUUUUUCUUUUUGG